UAUGUUUCAAUAAAAAAAUUAAUGAUCUGAUGUAUAUGUCUAUGUUUGUACUAUAUUUGCGUCUUCAUUAUGUCCUAAAUAUAUCACCUUGCUACCUGUUUGCUGAUAAAUAUUGCUGAUAAAUACGUCCAAAUAAGAUCCAUUUAUGACGUCAAAAUACGGUUCUUCUAUGACGUCAAAAAACGGCCCUUGCAUGACGUCAAUAUUUUGGGACAUUCGAUCGUCUUUUGGACGUCAUAACGACGUCAAUCCCUGACGUCAAGUUUAGUCAGCAAAUAACUAAUUUUCGACGUCAUAAUGACGUCUGUUUGCUACCUGGGUAGUAUCAAGUAAUUACAAGUACAAUACAAGAAUAUAAUAACUGGUAUAAAUAUUUUCAUAUCAUAUCUGAAGAACAGUCGGAUACAAUAGAAAUAGAAGAAUACAGUAUGGAAUGGAAUUAUGCUGCAAAGGAUAAACCGAAUUCGUUGAAAAGGAAAUCAAUGGGGCAUGAAGAAGUGGAUGUUCCUUUGCAUCACAUCAAAAGACUGAAGGACAUCAACGUGAACAAAGUGUCCAAACAUGCGGAAGAAGCAAAAUUUGUAAUAGAAGUUGCAAUGGAAACAAUAGAAGAUAAGCAAAACGAAAUAAGAAAGUUGAAAUCGUACGUAAAUACCCAAAGACGACGAUUGCAGAGUUUGAUUGAAUUAAAUAAACAUUUGCAUGAUAAUAAUUUAAUUUCCGAUACAGUUCAGAAAAAUCUUGACGUAAGUAUUUGAUACUUUAAACUUACUUUUAACUUGUAAUUCGGGGAACGAAUUCGGCCGCUUACGCAAGCACGCACGAAGGCUUCUUUGUAACCCGUUCUUAUAUUUCACAUGGUCUUAAAUACAUGUUUAAGAACAUUGUAGCCAAUAAAACGAUCCGUACAGAUGCUGUAUAAAUCAUUAUAUUGGCUACGAAGUAUUUCAAGGGGUAUUUAAAACGAUAUUGAAAUAUAAGAAUUGACUUGGAACAAACUUUAGUGCGCACUCGAUGUGCAUUAGUGCAAGCGAUCGAAUUCGCUAUUAGAAAUGCUACAAUUUCGUUUAUAUUACAGUAAUGUGCAACGUAUCGUUUUACACAAGUAAUUAUCAUUAAUUACAUUCUACAAUCGUGCUAAAUGAACAAUUCACUACAGUAUGUUGAUUGUGAAGAUGGAAAACUGAUGAUAUGUCUAUGAUAAAUGCACAAAUCGAGUUGUAUCUAUACAACAACAUCAUGAUUGAAAUUGAAACAACUGUGUUUAUGCAGCUGUAAAAA